AUGGCAUGCUCUAUCCUUCCUGAUGAAUCAUGCCCCAAGUCCCCAACCCUAGCCGCAACACUUUCUCCCGUACGUUGUUUCUACAAGGAUUACAAAGCUUCUGCCUCUCCAUCUCUAAUCUCAUACUCUCAUCCCUCUAAGCUCUCAUUCUCUCAUCCCUCUGAUCAGUAUUUCGUUUGGAGAUCCCCAAUCUAUAAGUCCCCUCCAGCAAGUACACGCGAGAUCAGAUCAAUAUUUCGUUUGGAGAUUCUUAUGGCAAAUUGGCAAUCAGAAAUUGAAGCUGAGGUUCAAUCUCAACAGCAUCCACCCGUAAUAAAUUCUUCGACAUGCCCUACAAUUGUUGAUUCUAGCUCUCCAGCCAUAACCUCUAGCCCUGUUGUAAACAACAUGGAGCCUGUUGAAAAUGAAAGGGAUGAAGAACCAUUUAAGAAAAAGAAAAGGAAGAAGACAUCUCUUGUGUGGAAAGAAUUUGAGACGGUCGUGAUGUCUGAUAAAACCAAUAAGGCAGAAUGUGUACAUUGUAAAGCUAAAUUGUCCAUUCUUCAGUCUAGAGUCACAAGCCACUUGACUCGCCAUUUAAAUAGUUGUCUUAGUAGGAAAUUGGCUCAAAAGAAACAAAAGACAUUGCAACUUCAGCCGGUUGAUUCUCAAGUAGAAUCACCAUUCUUUUCAAGUGGAACUGGAAAGUAUGAUGAAGGGAAGCAAAGGGAGGCUAUAGCACAUUGGAUCCUUAUGCAUGAGAAGCCAUUCAGUAUUAUUGCAGAAGAAGGGUUUAAUUUUAUGAUGGGGAUUAAUUUGCCGAUGUGGGACAGAAUCUCUCGUAAUGCUGCAAAGAGUGAUUGCAUUUCUGUUUAUGAGAUAGAGAAGAAGAAGUUGAGAACUUUGUUGACAAAGAUUAACAAAGUUUCCUUGACAACCGACAUUUGGAAGUCAGCUGUGCAAAAGAAGUCAUAUAUAUAUGUGUUACGGGGCACUUCAUUGAUUCAGAAUGGAAACUUCAGAAACGUGUCCUCAGUUUUGUUGAUCUUCCACCUCCACAUGGAGGCAUAGACAUUUCUGAUACUUUGUUUAAAUUCAUGAAGGAAUGG